CAGAGAGAGCCUGGGUGCUGCGCUAGGGUCUCCUGACUUAACGAACCAGGCUCCCCUCCAAGCGGUUCCCUCCAGGCUUUGAGCUCUGUCUCCCUGUCCCGAGGACCUGUCCCUCCCGAGGCCACCACUGGGUCCCUCCUGAGUGGCCCCCGAGCGCUCUCUCAGCAUGAACUGCGUGUCAGAUUUCUUCACCUACGAGACCACCAAGUCGGUGGUUGUGAAGAGCUGGACCAUUGGGGUCAUCAACCGGGCAGUCCAGCUUUUGAUCAUCUCCUACUUUGUGGGGUGGGUUUUCUUGCACGAGAAGGCUUACCAGGUGCGGGACACAGCCAUCGAGUCCUCGGUUGUCACCAAGGUGAAAGGCUUUGGACGCUAUGCCAACAGAGUCAUGGACGUGUCUGAUUAUGUGACCCCACCCCAGGGCACCUCUGUCUUUGUCAUCAUCACCAAGAUGAUAGUCACUGAAAACCAGAUGCAAGGAUUCUGCCCAGAGAGCGAGGAGAAGUAUCGCUGUGUGUCGGACAGCCAGUGUGGGCCUCGGCGCUUCCCGGGUGGGGGGAUCCUCACGGGCCGCUGCGUGAACUACAGCUCUACGCUCCGGACCUGUGAGAUCCAGGGCUGGUGCCCCACCGAGGUGGACACGGUGGAAAUGCCUGUCAUGAUGGAAGCCGAGAACUUCACCAUUUUCAUCAAGAACAGCAUCCGGUUCCCCCUCUUCAACUUUGAGAAGGGCAACCUCCUUCCCAACCUGACCGCCGCCGACAUGAAGACGUGCCGCUUCCACCCUGACAAGGCCCCCUUCUGCCCCAUCUUGCGGGUGGGGGACGUGGUCAAGUUUGCGGGGCAGGAUUUCGCCAAACUGGCCAGGACGGGUGGAGUCCUCGGUAUUAAGAUCGGCUGGGUGUGUGACCUGGACAGGGCCUGGGAUCAGUGCAUCCCCAAGUACUCCUUCACCCGGCUGGAUGGCGUUUCAGAGAAGAGCAGCGUGUCCCCAGGCUACAACUUCAGGUUUGCCAAGUACUAUAAGAUGGAGAAUGGCAGUGAGUACCGCACCCUCCUGAAGGCUUUUGGCAUCCGCUUUGAUGUGCUGGUGUAUGGGAACGCUGGCAAGUUCAACAUCAUCCCCACCAUCAUCAGCUCCGUGGCGGCCUUCACCUCCGUGGGAGUGGGGACUGUCCUCUGCGACAUCAUCCUACUCAACUUCCUCAAGGGGGCUGACCAGUACAAAGCCAAGAAGUUUGAGGAGGUGGACGAGACAACACUGAAGGUCACUGCCUCGGCCAACCCCGUGUACCCCAGUGACCAGACCACCGAGGAGAAGCAGUCCACGGACUCGGGGGCCUACUCCAUCGGCCACUAAGGCCUCUUCCGGGGCCCCAUUCUCACCCUUGGGCUCCGGGCCUCCCCGUAGGGCACCCCAUCUGAGCAAGGGAAGGGGCUUUCAUUUCUGCUGCUCACCCCAUGAAGCCACACUAGACCCAGGUGUCUGGGCCUCCCAGUGUCUAGCCGACAGGGGUACCUGCUAAGACCCCCAUCUCUCCCUCGCCCUUUACCUUGCCCCCAUCUGCUUCCUGGAACCCCCAGGGCAGCAGCACAUGUACUGUCCCCCUGCUAAAGAGUAGAGAGCAUAAUAGUCAUGACGAGUGGCUGCCAGGCACUACCCCGUGCCAGGCAGUGUCACACACCUUAGCUCAUUUAACCCUUAGAAUAAUGAGGUAGAUAUUAGUUUCCCUGUUUUGAAGAUAAACUGAGUUCCAGAGAGGUUGAGUCAUUUGCCCAAGGCCACACAGCCAGGCCGCAAGAGAGCUGGGAUUUGAACUCAGAUCUGACGAUGUCACCCACACCCCACAAAAGAAGAGUGAAUUCCCAGGGGGCAUCUGCCCCUGCUGCUUCAGCCUUCCCCACAGUGACCAGGAUUAGGUGCAGCUAAUAAAGAGUAAGCCCCAUGCUUUCCACAGGAACCCAGGCCCCAGUCUGGGGGAGACCAGCUAGACAGUGGUGCAGGGUUCCUUUCUCUGACUUGGGUGGAUCCCCAGUUCAGAAGGACCCAGGAGACAUGACUUAGUUCAGUCCUCAACCAGGGGAGGGCCAUUCUGUUCUCUCUCUGGGACCCCCACAUACUCACACAUGUCUGGGCAUCCCUACCCCAGGAGUGGAAUUAGGCCCCCUAGGAUGCAGUGUGAUUCCCAGGCCCAGGACCCUUUUCUCAGUGGGCAGUGACCCCUUGCGACACUGGUGAACAGGCUCUAAUGAGGCCCAUUGCCUCUUGAGCAGCUGGCCAGCCAGGCCACCCCCACGGGGUCCUCAUGGGUGUCUUCCAAUGCUAGAAACCCUUUCAUUGCACUCUCCUGUUUACAGAUGAUCAGUCUGAGGCAAGGGAAGGGAAAUGUCUGGUGUCCCACAGUUAGUGGCCAAGAGGACCCGGGUGUCCUGGCACUGAGAGGAGGAGGCAGGGGAGCAUCAAGUCCCCCCACACCUCUGUCAGCCUGGCGUCCCCUCCCCUUUCUGGGCUCUCCUCUGGUGAGAGGCCCCAGAACCUCCCCAGGGCAGAGCUCAGGAGUGGAUCCAGGUCUCUGGAAGCCUGAAGGUUACACAAUUUGGGGCUUCUUUUUAAAAUGAUAUAAAAUUAGGUAUUAGGAGGGGCCCAUAAAGGGGCAGGGAGAUGGCAGGGGGCGGGGGCAGCUUUGGGAGCCACUUGGAAGGGACUAGUUUGGGAACAGUGGGCACUUGCAAAGGCCUGACCCCAGUGAUCCCCCCUCCAGGGGAGAAGGCAUCGGAUUCCCUCACACGUGGCCUGUCACCCUUUCCCCCACUCGGCUUCCACCCACCCCCAUCCUCAGGCUGGUGGGAUCACAGCUCCCCAGGGGUGGCCUUGGGCAUCGGGCAGUGUCCGGAGAUCUGAGUAGCAGAGACAUGACUGGAGGCCGCGUUCUGCACCCGGAGGAGACCCACAGGCAUCCCCGGCAGGAAUCACAGGGAUGCCCCCUGCACAGGACACUGCCGCCUGCCCCUCCUCCCCCCACCAUUCCUGCGGACUGGGGUGGUCCUCCCGCAGGUGCAGCAGCCUCUCCUCUUGGGCCUGACAGCAAGUGUGCAAACUGGGGACAGUGAGCCCAACAUGCGAGCCACCAGGAACCCAGCCACGGCUUCUGUGUGCUAGAUUGACGGCUGUCGUCUGCAGUAGUAACAGCAGCUGGCCGGGCCCUGCUGCCUGGUGGCGGAUCGGCAGUCACCAAUGCCACCACGUGCCAACCCUGGUGCGGUUGCCGAGGCUUGUCACUAAUCCUAUUGGAUGGAAAAAGAGAUCUGGAAUCCGGGGCAGUUUGAGCUGGAGCCCAUACUCGCUAAGUGGGCUGUUGUGUCUUUAAUCACUCAGCAUAAAAGCUAACGUUCAGUGA